AAUAUCGGAAAUACAUAACAUUAUGUGUGAGUAAAAUUUCACAGAGAAAAGUGUGUAAUCUAGCGAAAUAAUUACCGGCCAGCAUAUAUAUAUAUAUCUCUAUAUAUCACAGCAGUGCGUGUAUAGGGAAAGGUGUGUAUAUAAUAACCAGCCAAUAUAACGGUGUACUGACGUCAUUAUAUAUAUAUACCUGUGUUAUGUGUGUUGGAUUGAGAAAUGUAUUAAGUGAUGUUUAUAUCAGCUAGAGAUAUAUGUGACCUAUAUCUAUCUAUUCGAUAUUUGGUCGAGAUAAUUAACAGUUCUUGUGGCUUUAUAUUUAGGCCUUCUUGCUAAACGAUGUGUGAAUUAUUAUAUAUGAAUAAAACCCAGGCCUACGACACUUGAUUCAAACUGGCCGGAGACUUUAAUGUGUUGGCUUUCAUCUAUAAGGGUGAAUUUAUAUCGCGGUCUCAACUGAAUUAAUCUUAUAUCUGACCGAAUCUGUCCCAAUGUUUAAAGACAUGUCUAUUUAAACAAUUUAUUCACACCCAUGAAUACAUUAUGUAACUUUAUUUGAUAAAUAUUGAGACGUUUUUUGUGGAUACAUAAAAAUAUUCAUGAUAUAUACACGUAAUUGCAUAUCAUAAUAAAAAGGACGCACAACAAGGAAAUUAUUAAAAUUAGAACAUCAUGGGAGAGGUUAGUCACGUCUGGAAAAUUGUCGUCACAGCUUGUGUCCUAUUCGCGGAAAUGUCAACAGUUUUAAGUUUUCAGUCAUCACUUGUCAACGACUCUACACCAGACGGUUUGGUGAAGUCAAAUCGCCAAGCGAGAGAUCAGAGUUUCAUCAAUAUCGACCUCCAAUCACCUUUAAACAAGGGGAAGCUAAAGGAAAUCCGAAAUAUAAUUAGUAACGGAAGUGACGGAGAGGAUUCCCCCAAUAAUGUCGAGUGUCGAGAUUUUCACAAUAUGAAUAUAACCGAUAUUUGUAGUUUUGUGAAUCAAACAGCUGACUGUGAUAUAGAUGAGGGGUUUAUUAGAUAUACCAGUUUCGUUUAUUGUGAUUUUGCGGAACAUCUUCUACCAUUAGGCCUCGUAAUAGUGUUUAUUUGGUGGGUGUUUUUGUUUAUUGGUCUAGCUGUCACUGCUGAUGACUUUUUUUGUCCAGCUUUAACGGUAAUCUCGAAAACUCUGGGACUCAGUCAUAAUAUAGCAGGUGUGACGUUUUUAGCGUUUGGUAAUGGAGCACCUGAUAUAUUUUCAUCUAUUGCUGCUAUUGGUAACGCUAGUAACGGUGACGCCGGACUAGCUCUCGGAGCUCUCUUAGGUGCUGGUGUAUUUGUUACAACAGUUGUAGCUGGUGUUAUUGCUAUCGUUCGACCUUUUGAUGCGAUGCAGAGACCGUUUCUACGUGAUGUCAUAUUUUAUCUAGCGGCAGUUUUCUGGACGUUUUACAUUCUAUGGAAGAAAGAGAUUACUAAAUAUGAAUCGAUUGGUUUUAUAUUGUUCUAUGUGUUUUAUGUGGUAGUAGUGGUGGCUGGACGAUAUAUCUACCAAAAACAACGAGGGUUACCAACACCACCUGUUACUGUAAUAACUAAUCAAACAAUAUCUGCAAUUCACAAUCAGGAAAUAAUAAUCAGUGAUCCAAACGAAGAAGAUUCUCAGUCAAUUGAUCCUAAUUUAUCUUCUGUCAACACUUUAUUAGAGGAUGAAAGACGUCCGUUAUUAAAUACUGAAGCAUGUAAAUUAACGAACUACGUUCAAGAUACAGUUUCUAUAGAACAGGAAUAUAUUCAUCCUCUGAUUAUAUUCGUUCAUUCUCUCAAUCCUAUUGAUCAUGAUAAAUGGGUGAAAGCUGGAUGUUUUGGAAGAUUCUAUGAAAUAUUUAAAUGUCCAGUAGUAUUUAUAUUAAAACUAACUAUACCAGUUGUAGAUUAUGAAGAUGAAAUCAAACACAAUUGGUCCAGAUAUGUCAACUCUCUCCACUGUACUGUCGGACCAUUGUUCGCUAUAUUUGCUACUAAUUUAGGAUGGAAGACAAUAGGUAAUGUUUAUCCAGUAUGGGCGUUAGUUUUACCAGUAGGAGUUAUCUUAUCUUUAGCUGUGUUUCUUACGUCCAAUAAUAAUCAAUAUCCCCGCUAUCAUGCUGUAUUUGCCUAUUUAGGGUUUUUAGUUUCUGUAAUAUGGAUUUAUUGUAUAGCUAACGAGGUUGUCAAUAUUCUACAGAUGUUUGGUAUAGUGUUUAACAUCAGUAAUGCUAUAUUAGGGUUAACAUUUCUAGCAUGGGGUAAUUCUAUAGGAGAUCUGAUAGCAGACACAGCAAUGGCUAAACAAGGUUAUCCUAGGAUGGGUAUAUCAGCCUGCUUUGGUGGACCACUUUUUAAUUUAUUGUUAGGUAUUGGUAUUCCGUUUACUAUUGGUACAUUUAAAAAUGGUGGGAGUUACUCAUUGAAUGUGACACUUGAAGAGAUUGUAUUAGCAGGGUUCCUGGCAUUCAGUCUGGUAUCUUCCCUACUCAUAGUACCACUAUCAGGAUUCCGUAUGACCAGAGCUUGGGGUAUUUAUUUAAUGGUUCUGUACGUUGUCUUCCUGCUAGUGGCACUGUUAACGGAGACCGGAGUCAUCCAUGGUAAUUUGUAAUCAUAACCAACGUUUUCAUUGGCUAAAGGACUGAAAUCUGUUUUAGGAUUUGAAAUAUCAACCAAUAAGAAUGUGGUAUACUUAAAGGUCAUAAUGAAUGAUGACCUUUGGUCAGAACGAAGACAGUUUACCUGGAAUUUACCUCACAUUCUCCAACGUCGUGGGUUUUCUCCGGGUCCUCCAGUUUCCUCCCACUGCUAAAGACCCCUACGCGCAAGUGAAUUAUUGACAUAAAAUUAAAAACCAUAUGUUAGUCCUGAAAUGACCUAGUUUGUGUCAGGUGGACAUUAAACCCCAUUUCUCUCUCUCUCUCGCUCUCUCUUUCUCUCUCUCUCCUCCCAUUUCCUAUGUGAUAAUAAAUCUCCUGUAUUUACAUAUACAGAUAUUGAAAUGUCAUCACCCCUGUCUGUCUGUCUGUCUGUCUGCCUGUCUGUUGAGGAUUAUCUUCAAUUACUUGUCGACAUUCUAGUCAAGCUAAAGUUAUUAUCAGGUUGACUUUUGUACAGGAGAGGAGGAAUCCUAUUCAUUUUCAGUCUGAAAAGCUAAAGUUAUUUUUUCUCAACAUUAUUUCAUGGUUGUUACCCUUGAUCAGUUUAUAGUGAGGUGUCAAUGCUGCCACCACCCACACAAGAAUAAAAAUGUGACAGUCUUUAUGGAUUGUUCCAACAACUUAGCUGCUAUGGGUGUUUCUUUGUCUUACAAGUUAUCAACCUGUGUUUUGAGGGAAUGUUAAAAGUUCCUACAAGUCUUUCAUCUGAUCUCAGAAAUAAAAGAUGAAUGACACAGCCUUGUAUUGAUCUCAGUUGUCUAUAUGAUCUAAAACCUUGCACUGUG